AUGUUCAUCCUCAACUGGUUCUGGGACGUCCUUGCUCAGCUCGGCCUGCUCCACAAGAACGCCAAAAUCCUGUUCUUAGGCUUGGAUAAUGCUGGAAAGACAACUCUGCUUCAUAUGUUGAAAAAUGAUAGGCUCGCCACCUUGCAGCCCACCCUCCACCCUACAUCGGAGGAACUUGCCAUCGGAAACGUCAAGUUCACCACUUACGACCUAGGUGGACAUCAACAGGCUCGACGCCUGUGGCGUGACUACUUCCCGGAGGUCGACGGGAUAGUCUUCCUCGUCGAUAGCGCUGACUUCGAACGCUUUGCCGAGUCCAAAGCCGAACUCGACGCUCUUCUUUCGAUUGAAGAGCUCUCCAAAGUGCCAUUCUUGAUCCUCGGUAACAAGAUUGACGCACCCGGCGCCGUCAGCGAGGAGGAGCUGCGCCAUCACCUUGGUCUCUAUCAGACGACCGGCAAGGGCAAGGUUCCAUUGAAUGAUAUCAGACCUAUCGAGAUUUUCAUGUGCUCAGUUGUCCAACGACAAGGCUACGGCGAAGGCUUCCGAUGGGUUUCACAAUAUAUUUGA